AUGCAAGUCCUAAUAAAUAACAGAGACGCCAUUGCACAAUGGCUUGCGACUACUGCUAAAAGUAGAGGUUACCUCUCUUCUAAAGCUAAAGGCUCUGGUAAGACCGGCCGCCCGACGUACACGAUCCCAACGAAAGAGUGGACGCCGAUGGCUGAAUUCAUCGCCGCCUUGGUUGAUCCCCCUGUCAGGGUUCCUCAUAAACUUGCGAUGCUGCUUGACGUAACUAUUCAGCUCCGGCAAUCAUAUUCCGAGGACAUCACCGAUAUCCUGGCAGAAAAUGCAGACAAGGACUCCAACGACAGGCAUGCCUUUUUUCUUGCGACACUGAAAACUGUGCGCCGUAUCUUGAGCUCGCAAAUGCCUGCUGCAGUACCUGGUCGCACCAAGGAGCCGAAGAACAUCAUCGAGAUUCUCAACAUGUUCGAGCAUUUGGAACUAGAAGAGCCUUCUGAAACCUUUAGAAACGCCCCUGACGUUGUGCCCGUGAAUGAGCCAAUCUACAAAGCUGAACGGCCGAACGAAUCGGAGGAAGACUUCUUCGCGCUGCAUCUAUUGCUUCUCGAUCUCGCCAAAUUACGGACUGAAGUUUCUCACGCAUGGGCAGGGUACAAGCAGGGCGCUCAUGAUCUCAUAGCCGCCUCUAUCACGACCAAUACUGCCGUCGACCUGGCUCGCUCGAUGGUUGAUGAAUCUAAAACCACUUUCAGCAAACAUGGUGGCGUAUUGAGAAUGCUGCAGAUCUAUUACGCUUCUCAGUGUAUUGCUGCCGGUACGACAGAGGCACACAAGCAGAGACCCGGAGAUCCCAUGAAUUUUGCCAUGUACAAAGUCGCUGAUUCCCUUAUGUGGCCGGCAUUUUUACUUCUAGACGCAUUUACCAGGAUGCACAAAGUCAACGCGCACCCAGAGAUGAAGGCAGGGUAUUAUGGCACUUACAACCCUCUCUCCAACCGCGACAGGAAAAACGACAGAGACAAAUUUAACGAAGAUCAAAUCCUGCUACUCGAGAUGUUACCUGAAUUCUAUUUCCACUGCGAUUUUGUAACGAAGCGCGCACCACCUCCAGUUGAAGAUGAGUUCACUCGCGAAUUGCGAACAAUGUUCAAAACAAAGCAAGUCACUCUCCCACUUGUGUUCGCAGCUACUUUGUUUCUCGACAUUCAUCACAUACUACGCGGAGAAGUAGACAAUGGCUUCAAGAGACUCACAGCCGCGACCCACUUCGUCACUGGCGACAUUGAGGAGGAGCUUAAAUUUCACAAGGAUAUCAGCAUGGAUACGUGGCCAAAGCAGAAUGACGAUUUCAUGCAGCAGUUUGUCGACACCAUCGAGUUCUGGGUGCACAAAGACCAAGAACGCGAAAUAGCUCCAAAACUGAACCGCAUCAAUACUCCGCCGCCUUUCCACCUAUUUCGACAGCACCCAUGGUCGUGCGGCCUUUGGAAAUAUUGGGCGCAGAUGCAAUUCCACGAGCUCAGCAUUGUUUUCGUCAAUGCCUGGGGAUCUGUCAUGUCCUGUGCACAUCUCUACAAUGCUGUCCAAGGAGGCAGUGUCCGAGAAAUGAUGUGGAAAGACCUAGACAUCGUGGUCGGCAUGCAGGAGCCGAAGACCAUCUUCACGGGUGACGCACCAAAAUCGUCUGAUGAUUGCUUAAGGCGUUUCGCUCUCGCUAUGGGUGCUUCCGCUGCUAGCCUAGCCAAAUCAACACGCACCAAGAGAGGCCUGACCUUGUCUAAGCGUGGCCCGAAGGGAUUCAAACAGCUGGGUGCAACUUUGCAAACAUUCCGCAGCCGCAUCUGUGAUGUAAAUGGGCCAAAAGAUAUCCGAGCUGAGGACGUGCAAAAGAUUCUUGAGAGCAGUAAUUGGGAUUAUGAGCUCGAUGACAACGAUCGCGCGCAAACAGUGUACAAGGAUAUAGGCGAAGCUUCCCGGAAGGCGCCUGCGAAACAGCUUUCUGUCGCCAAAUGUGUUGGCCUUAUUCGCGACCUGCUCAACGCCGAGAUGGUUGAGAUUGCGUACGACUAUCUCAGGCUGCACCGACAGUGCUGGCGUCUGCUGCGUGCUGUGAAGGAUGCUUGCCGAGACGACUUUAUUCGCAUUUUCGGGCCUGACUACAUGCAGAAGGAGAGUCAACUGCCUUUUGUGGUGGGCUACGUCUUGUUGACGGCCAGCAACAGCCAGCAGCUUGGCGAGCUACUGAUCGCAAAGCAACCUGGCAUCGAGAUCACCAGUAAAGUACUGAACGAUGCCAAGGAGGUCGUCAAAGCUAUGGUUGAAUCGGGAGCUGGUGGUCUGAUUGUAGACCACAUUCUUCCUCAAGGACUCGAUAUGCAUAUCGACUUCGAAGUGGAAACCGAGUUGUGA